AUUUUAUUGUUUACACUUACAAUAACUGUCGGCCUGUUGGAAACUCUAAAGUGGGCAUUACCGAUAAGUGAGCCGAUGCGUCCGGGUGUGCUAUAGAAAUAUGGCUCCAAAAGAAAUCGAUUACAUAGAAAUAGCGCAUCAAAGAGCAGCAGAAAAGAAGACUCAUGUAAGCUUCCCGCAAUUAAAAUAUCCAUCUCUAAGGGACGAGGGUCUGAGAGACCCGGUACAAUGGUUGAUCGGGAAAGCCAUGGAUGAUGGAGCCGAAGGGCUAUGGCGAGUGCAUAAUGGAAUUUACGAUUUCAGUGAUUUUGUUCAGAGGCAUCCCGGCGGGGCUGAGUGGUUGGAGCUCUCUAAGGGAACAGACAUCACGGAAGCCUUUGAAUGUCACCAUCUGAAUCCAACCGUGGAAAAGAUGUUAGAAAAAUUCUACGUCAGAGAAGCGAAGACACCACGGAAUUCACCAUUCACAUUCAAAGAUGACGGAUUUUAUCGUCAACUCAAACGUGCCGCUUGGGAUGAACUGAAAAAGAUCCCGAAAACUGCAUCAAAACAUGGAGAUUUGAUAACUGAUGGACUGUUUGGUACGCUAUUGACAGCGUCGGUUGUUGCUUGCUGGGCAAAGGAUUAUUGGAUUGUGAUGGCUUCUUACUUGAUCGCUUCGCUGAGCCUGGCUUGGAUGACUGUGGCGGCACAUAACUACAUACAUAAGAAAACCAAUUGGAGAAUGUAUUUGUUUAACUUCAGUCUUUGGUCUUAUAGAGACUUCAGAGUUUCCCAUGCGCUAUCACAUCACCUAUACCCGAACACUUUAAUGGACUUGGAAAUAAGUGCAUUUGAACCGAUGAUAUUGUGGAACCCACGAAAAAAGCCUCUAUAUGCAAAAUUUGCGUUUUUACUUGAGCAAAUAACCUUCCCUUUCCUAUUCAUGAUAAAUUUCACCAAGCGAUUUUUUCUCAAUUUUACUCGUGAAGGUUUCUUCACUGAGCAUUACCGCUGGCACGAUGUUCUUGGUUUCUCCUUGCCUGUGUGGAUGUGGCUUGUCAGCGGAUGCACUUUCUAUGAGGCUUUCACUACGUGGCUCUGGAUAGUUUGCACUGCAAGUUACAUCUUCGCUACAAUUGGGUCCAAUGCUGCCCACCAUCAUCCGAAGAUUUUCAAAGAUGGCGACGAAAUUAGAAAUGCUACACCAGACUGGGGCUUGCAUGAACUUGAAGCUGUGAUGGAUCGUACUGACAUCAACGGGAAUCUGUUCAAAGUGAUGACAUUCUUCGGUGAUCAUGCCUUGCAUCACCUCUUUCCUACGUUAGACCAUGCCAUUUUGCCACACUUGUAUCCUAUAUUCUUGGAACAUGUGCAGAAAUUUAAGGGCAAUUUUCGAAUGACGUCAUCCUUCGAUCUCUUCCUUGGACAGAUUAAGAUGACAAUGAAAACUGAUCCAUCUGUAUUGGAAGAUAGUAAAUGAGCCAUAUUUUAACAUUCAAUCGAUUUGCAUUAAAUGACACUUGUAUUAUUGGAUUUUAUGAUUAAAACGUUGAUAACUAAGACAU